CGGUAAUUUAUCAUGAUGGGAUUAGCUCGACGUGAAACCAUGUGGCCGUCAUCGGCGAUCGACGACGGCGGCAGCCCGCCAGAGGACGACCCGGAAAACUACAAUUAUUUCGAACCCUCGCUGUUCGACGAGCCAUGCGGUGCCCAGCCAGAACCGCGAUCACCGGCUGACGACGUUCACGCGGCCUUCUUGGCCGCCAACCUGUUGCUGCUCUACGCGAACUUGGCCAGGCUUUCGACGAUCAACGACGCGCGUCCUCCGCUUCCGUCAGCGGUCCACGACGACCGUGACCACGAAGAUGACAACGACAUCGAAUCGCCAGUGGCGGCAACGGUUGAUACUACUAAUACGGCGGCGGCGGCGUCGGAACCGCGCUUGAGCGUAGAACGGUUGCCCGGGGAACCGGGGUCGUCAACAGACGACGAGCGACCGUGGCCAGCAGACGCGAUAACCGCACAACGACACCGCCACUAUCGAAGCGACAGUUACCGGCCGUCAGCGCCGCCUCAGGAGCAGCCGCAACAGCCGCAGAUCUGCAGCACCAGCGCAGCCGCCGCGCCCAACGCCAUGAUCACGGUGGCCGCGUGCGGUUCCAGGGCGCCACCCGGGCCUAAGCCGCGGCCGCCGACGUCCGCGUCGGCCACGCCGUUCCCGGUGGACUUGGUCGACAGGUUGAGGUCACCGAUCGCGGCGCCGGUCCGGCCCAGGCAAUACGGCCGCCGGAGAAGCGUUCAGGACGCCGUGGCCACAGCGAUAGCGCUGCACCAGCGACAGGAAUACCGGCAGCCAUUCCGGCCGCUGGCGCUAAUUGGCGUGGCCGUCGACGAACCGGAACCGGAUGCGGACCUGGAACGAGAUGUGCAGGAACCGAGGCUCGUCACGCCGCUCAGGGCUUACGAAAUGUCUCAGGAGUCCCAGAGUCCGUUGGGCCAAUGGAACAACAAAUAUAGUUCCGUGUUGGCAACGCUUGGAUGCACUUUGGGAGCCUUUAACAUCAGCAGAUUCGCCAUACUAACCGUACAAUUUGGAGCCAACUUUAUACUUCAGUUCCUAGUGUUAUCGUUGCUAGUCGGCGUGCCUAUGUUCACGUUCCACAGUUCACUCGGUCAGCUGCUGGGAGCCGGCGUCAUGGAUAUGUGGAGAAUAUCUCCAAUAUUCAAGGGAAUCGGCAUCGCACUGCUCCUGGCCCAGGCGUUUAUCGGCACGUACUCGGUGAUCGGUAUCUCGUGGAUGUUCACAUAUUUUCGCGAUUCGUUCAUCACGAAACAGGACGUUUAUCGCUGGGCAGAGCCAGUCGACGAGUACAAAGAAGAUAGUGUGCCCUGGUCGACGUAUUCUUCGAAUAUCACAUUCAACAUCGAAGAGACGGUACCAGGUUAUUUCAACGGCAUAGUCUUACAAAGAAAGUACGUGGAAAAACUUGAGAUGACCGACAACUCAUUAAAACUGCCCGUAGUCAUCAACCUGAUGAUCAUUUGGACAAUCGUGUUCAUAUGCUUAAGUAAAGGUUUAAAGUCCUACAGUAAAAUAAUAUGUAUUUUCUCAUUGGUGCCUGUGUUUGGCAUGUUUAUGCUGUGCACGAAAAUGAUGGGAUUAGCACCAAUGAUCGGAUUCCAACAUCAUGACAUUUUCCCAGAAACCGAUUGGAGCGAGUUCUUCCUCAAUACCAAGAGUUGGGUUGCAGCGUUUACCGAGACAUUUCUCACGUGGGGAAUACUCGGCGCGUGUACAAUGCAAAUCACUUCGCACAAUCGGCCGAAGCACCUGCUGCACAGAGACGCCUCGUUAGUAGUCAUUCUAACAAUAGCCGUGCUCAUAUUAACCGCGUUUUUGGCCAAUACAUGUGUGCAACUCCUCGAAGCCCGUGGAUUCGUGUACCUACCCAGUUCAUUUGAACGGAUGAGUUCCUAUAUAUUUUUGUUCAAACAAAACUCCUCGCAGGCGCGUAAGCAUUUGACGCCCGUGCGAUGGAUGCAACACAGUAGUCUGUUUCUAGGCGAGAGGACGAUGAAGAACAACAUGGCCGGGAUGCCGCAGGAGAGCGGUUAUCAGGCCAUGCGGCUGGCCACUGAACUGUUCCCGGCCACGUUCGCCAUGAUCGGUGCCAAGAACAUUUCACCCUUCUGGUCCGUGCUCUUCUACUUUGUGCUCAUCAUGUUUGGCAUCGGACAACAGAUAGCCAUAUGGCAUUGCGUCGUCAGCGGCAUCAUAUCGUUGCACCCGUUCAAGUUGAGGAAAUGGCGUACAACGAUCACGUUCCUGUCGUGCGCGGCCGCGUUCUCCAUCGGUCUGUUCAUGGCCACCGAGCUGGGGAUUUUCGUCGUCUACCUCAUGGACUACUGCGUCGGCUGUGGUUGGUGGAUGAUGGUGCUCUAUUUGCUGGAGAUCGGAGCUCUGUUCAUGGUCCGCGGUCGUCCGUACAGCGGCGAGACUGUAGUGGCCACGUUGUUUUCGCAAGCCAAUCAUCACCUGCAGGUGUGGCUGGCGCCCAUGCUGUCAUUUGACUGGAAUAUAAUCAUACCAGUCGCGUUAAUCCUCCUCAGUACGUCGGUGUUCAAGAACGGCGGCUACCGGUUGCUGUACAACUGGAAAAGCUCAUCUUCGCAGUCGUCGUCCUGGUCUACGUCUAGCAGAGAGUUCGGCUGCAUGUUGCAGAUCAUACCACUUCUGAUCGUGCCGUUCGCGGGCAUCGUGCAAAGCUGCCGAUACUUAGCCACUGGACCACCAGAUUUAUUUGAUCGAAUCCAGAUGCUGUACCGACCCGUCAUCGAAACCCGUAGACCCGCGGAGGGAAGCGAUACAAUACCGGAGCCCGGCGUCAACGGCACGACGGCCGUGCAGAUAGAGGAUCCACCUCCCAAGUACACACCGCCACCGUCGUAUUCCACGGCCACCGGAGCAAGAAUCGCGAAAAUGUUGCGGCAGAGCAUCCGGCGGAGCGUGCGCCGGCUGACGCACGUGCUCGGCAACCAGCAUUCCACGGCCGCGGCACUGGGCGAAUCCUCGUCGUCGUCGUCUCCGCAGUCCUCGUCGUCCGCGGCAAUCAACGGUGGCGGCCAACAUCAGCCGCCGACGUCCGCGCACGCCACCGCAGCGGCCGUCGCGUCGCACGUGCCGUCCACCGAUGCAGCCGUCCAACAACGUCCCACCGCAGCCGCGACGUGCCCGCCGCCCGACUAUACCACCGUGCUGGUCGAGAUGACCCGGAACAACGGUAACCGCGACCACGACGGCGUGCAGCAGUCGGUCGCGCGCGCGGCCGCCGUCUGCGAAUCGUCCUCGUCCGCGUCCAGCCUGUCCAACGAGCAGAGCACCAGCAUCGAGUGUCUGAUGGAACGGGCCGCGCCCAUCAACGUGGACCGCGUCGUGGCCGCCGUCGUCGCGCAGCCGUGAUCGCGGUACGGUUCCCGUGGCCGCAGCGGAAGUCUCGUGAUGCCCACCCGGGUGGACGGCCGGAUGGGCCGAACUCACAUAACGCCCGAUCUCUCCUCUACGGUACGAUCCGCAACCGUGGUGUAAUCGGUUGAUGGUCGGCCUCCGGUGGUCCGAACGCGCGACCCCGGAUACGGAUUCAAAUUGAUUCGCGCGCCGACUUACGAUUAAGAAGUGUACAAAAUAAAUAAAUAAAUAAAUAAAAAUUAUACUGUAUAGAUUUAA